AUGCAUGCAUUGCAGGCUAGAUUAGAUAGAAGGGUGGCCUCAAAUUUCUGUUUCUAUAUUUGCCACCUCUUGUACGGACGAUGGAUCUGUAUCUCCUCCUUUGCUUUUCCCAACAACCACUUAAUUUCAUUAUUGAAGGACUUUUGCAGAUCAAUGUAGCUUAAAGAAAGCAAUCGCUGCUCCGCUCCAGAAAAAAAAUGAGCAGGGAGAGGGUUUUAUUUUUUCCUUCCGUCUUAUAUCUAUUCACUUUGAAUCGCCUCCAUCCUGGCUUGACCGAAACAGCUCUCGGCGUUGCUCGUUCCUCCCAUCCACCCAUUUCGCGCUUUGCCUGAGUGCGCUGUCUCACAUACUCUCUCCAAGAAGUUACACAUUGUGACAAUGGGUGCUGCAAGCAUGGUACGUCAAACCGCUUGCAAUCAGUCGAAGCUCUCUCUUGCGCUCAAAACCCAGCAUGCCUCUCCUUUAAAUCUCUUCUCAUUACCAUCAAGAGUGAGUUUUGGAGCAAAGAGCUUAAAAGGGCUAGUAGUAAAAUGUUCGGAGGCUGCUGCAGAACUCAAUUCCAGGGUUGUGGCUUCUAAUGACAGGGGAAUCAAGAAUCCUAUAAUUGUCAUUGACAAUUAUGACAGUUUCACUUAUAAUCUGUGCCAGUAUAUGGGAGAGGUGGGCUGCCAUUUUGAGGUGUAUCGGAAUGACGAGUUAACUGUGGAGGAUUUAAAAAGGAAAAAGCCAAGAGGCGUCCUUAUAUCCCCAGGCCCAGGAACACCCCAAGAUUCUGGAAUUUCCCUACAGACGGUUCUAGAGCUUGGACCUACCGUGCCUUUGUUUGGUGUGUGUAUGGGGUUGCAGUGCAUUGGAGAGGCUUUUGGAGGAAAGAUUGUGCGCUCUCCUUAUGGUGUCGUGCAUGGAAAAGGUUCUCCUGUGUAUUAUGACGAGAAGGGGGAAGAUGGCUUGUUCGCUGGGUUCUCUAAUCCUUUCACUGCUGGAAGAUACCAUAGCCUUGUGAUUGAAAAAGAGAGUUUCCCUGGUGAAGAACUAGAGGUUACAGCAUGGACUGAGGAUGGCCUCAUAAUGGCUGCUCGCCAUCGAAAAUAUAAGCAUCUGCAGGGGGUGCAGUUCCAUCCAGAAAGCAUCAUAACAUCUGAAGGCAAGACAAUUGUUAGGAAUUUCAUCAAAAUGGUAGAGAGAAAAGAGGCUGAAUCUGAGAACUUCUAGCAUGUCAAGAAUCAAGAUAUACAGUGAAUAAAAGGGAAAAAAAGAGGAAGCAGCAGAAACAGUGGACCUUUGGGCUGGUAGUUCUGUUUCUUCCAUAUUCUUACUGUGUGGGUUUUAAACCAGUACUUAUUUUUUUGUACUUGAUGUGUAGCUUUUGGACUGGCAUUUAUUUAUUUUUCAUGCACAAUUUUAUCUCUGAUUGAAGCAAAUAGCAAGUGGCUCGUUGCAUGAAUACGUCGAAUCAGCAUAAGGAGUCCCCUCUUUAUUGGGAAAAGAACCUGCAAGACUGAAUUAGCUCUCGCACACGCACACCCAUGUGAUCACGAAGUCCCACGAGAGGGAUUCAUUCUGGUUUGCCUCUUUUGUGGAGUUCUACACUUAGUUUUGGAACCUACUGCUGAUAGAGAUCUGUUUCCAAAGACUUGUUAUUGAAUAUGACUAGCUUAAUGCAAGUACUUAUAUAAAUAAUCAAUAAACUUUAGCAUUAUUGGGUUU